AUGGAGCAGCAGCUCCUCCAGCUCCUUGCAGACACCCAAUCGCCCGCCCCUGCAACGCGCAACAAAGCGGAGGGGCAACUUCUGAGCCUCUACUCCAACGAGCAUUUCCCCCUCUCCCUCGCGUCGAUCGCCUCUCAUGCCUCCGUGCCCGUGCAUCUGCGGCAAUCAGCGCUGCUGGUGCUGCGAACGUUCAUCGUGUCAGCGUGGUCGUCGCAGCUGGACGAGUUCAAGGGCCAGGUCCUCAUCAACGACGCGAACAAAGUGCAUCUGAGACGCGUUUUACUCGAAUUAGCCAUCUCACCGGAAGACGACCGAAAAGUGAAGGCGUCUGCGAGCUAUGUGGUUAGCAAAAUCGCGAGUGCUGAUUUUCCAGAUGACUGGCCGGAAUUGUUAUCCACGCUACUUCAAGUGAUCCCCGCCAGCAACGAGGCCCAACUGCACGGUGCUCUGAGGGUGCUGUCUGAUCUUGUCGAAGGCGGGUUCAGUGAGGAACAAUUCUUCAAUGUCGCAAGGGAGCUGGUAUCGACCGUCUUCAAUGUCGCAACUAAUGUCGCCCGCAAACCUAUUCUACGGGCACUCGCGGUGUCUGUUUUCCGCGCGUGCUUUGAUACUUUGGAAAUGGUGCUGGAACAACAUAAAGUGGAAGUGAAAGCUUUCAUGGACGAGGCGUUGAAUGGAUGGCUGCCAUUCUUCAGCGCCAUUCUCAAGGAGCCGCUUCCUCCAACACCGAGGGAAGAAGACGAGGCUUCGGAAUCCCAAGGUCCAGAGCAAUGGAGAGGAUUAAUUGCUUUGAAAUUACAAGCUGUCAAGACCGUGAUGAAAAUCCGUCAAGUCUUUCCUACCCUCCUCACCCCGCAUAGUACUGCCCUCUUCACCACGGUCUGGACCGAAUUAUCAACCCUGCAGACUGUAUACCAUGAUAUGUACAUUCGAGACGAGAGACAAGGGAGAUUAGAGGAUGCAGAUGGCCUGCCGUACACACUCGACUUUUUGGUCCUUGAAGAAUUGGACUUGAUGCAAACUUUGCUGCGAGCCCCUCCAGUGCUGAAAGAGCUGGAAAGUCAACUACAGGCAGCAGGAAGUGAAGCAACCACCUCAAGUUGGUUACCGGAUGUGCUCAAACUCGCCAUCUCGUACUCUCAAAUUUCCACCGAAGAGGAAGGCCUAUGGGACAUUGACGUGAGCCUUUACAUUUCCGAAGAAAGCUCUGUGACAUCAAAUUACACGCCCAGAACGUGUGGCGGUGAUGUCGUCAUUAAAUUGGGCGAGUGGCUUAAAGUCACAAUUGUCAAAUCGCUUCUUGCGUAUAUCAAUGUUGUGUUCUCGGAUACGACUUCAAGCUGGAAAUUGCGUGAAGCUUCACUUUAUGUGGUUAAUCAACUACUUCGGGAUUUCCACGAGGUCUCCCAGAGCAUUCCACUGGACGUGGCCAAUGGCUUUAACAAUUUCAUUCAGUUUUGCUUGCAGCAAGACGAUAUUUUUCUCCGUGCGCGCGGAUAUCUCGUGGCUGGCAAAGUGGCAGUGACUGCUGGAAAAGAAUUCCAUCCAACAGCAAUGUCGUAUCUAGAAGCAGUUAUCAAGGCUAUCUCUAAUGAUUCCUCCGAAGUUGUUCAAGCGGCUUGCAUUUGCGCAUUACAGGACUUUCUCCCUAACCUUCCGCCAGAUUUGACGAAACCGUUUCAACUUCAGAUGAUUUCCACUUUGGCUGACUACACUGCCGCUCAUGAUCUCCGUGAUAUGACUGAAGGGGAUGACCUGAAGUUUACUUUGGCGGACACCGUACGGGAUGCCAUCAUGGUCGAUCCCGGAAUCGUCCUUACUUCCAAUGCUCUUGAUCUCUUGUUCAAUAUUGCCAGCAAUGGAGCGAGCAACCUACAGUUGGGAAUGAUAGUUACCGAAACCUUCGAAAGGAUUGUAGAGUAUAUGGCUGAACAGGGCCCUGAUGCCUAUAUCCUGCUCUGCGAAAAGGUCUUGCCCUCUUUGAAUGCAGCCAUUGACGUCGGAAAUCUGACCCAAGAAAAUUCAUUGACCAACCUAGCGGUGGAGCUUCUGCGUGCCCUGGCAGAGAAUGGCCUGGAACCGCUCCCUCAAGGCCUCAUCGCCACGGUUAUGCCAAAGUUGAAUCGCUUGUUGCUUGCAUCUACUGAGGCUGACUUGCUCCCUCCAGCGACUCUCACUAUGAAGCAUAUGCUUGCGCAUGAUCCUAACCAGUUCUUUGCCUGGCGCGACCCCCAAACCGGCAAGGAUGCGGUUGAGAGUGUCUUGAUUAUUAUUGAUCGUCUUUUAGGUCAAUCUCUGGAAGACAUCGCUGCGUCUGAAGUCGGUGGACUAGCAGCCGAAUUGGUCGAAAAGGCCGGUGCAGAAAAACUUGGCCCAUACUUCCCUCAACUGCUUCGCGCAGUGGCCCAGCGCCUCGCGACAGCAGAAAAAGCACAAUUUAUCCAGAGCUUGAUUCUGGUGUUUGCGCGUUUGUCCCUGGUCAGUGCUCGAGAGGUUGUCGAUUUUCUUGCACAGUUAGACAUCAACGGACACUCUGGACUUAACGUUGUCCUCGCCAAAUGGCUUGAAAACUGUGUCAAUUUUGUUGGGUAUGACGAGAUCAGACAGAAUGUGAUCGCCUUGUCGAAGCUCUACCAGCUCGGGGACCCCCGUAUUUCUCAAGUUCAAGUCAAGGGCGAUCUUAUUAUACAGGACACAGGGCGGAUCAAGACCCGCUCCCAAUCGCGACUCAACCCAGAUCAGUAUACGGUCAUCCCGGCUCCCCUGAAAAUUGUCAAAGUCCUCGUUGAAGAGCUAUGUUCCGCUUCUGGCGCAAAAGGAAUUCACUCUGCUGCAUCCGUGGCGGGUUUGGACGACCUCGAAAGUGACGAUGAGAACGAUGACUGGGAAGAUCUACCAUCGAACACCCUGGAUUUGAGCCUUGGUAUUACCAAGCAGGAACUGAUGGCCUUUGGAGAGGGUGACAACCUUCGACAGCGUGACGAUGCAUCGCAAGCAUACUUGACGCAAUUCUUCCGUGAGGAAGCGGCUAAGCCUGGAUUUCAAGAGAUCUUUGCGGCUCUGAGCCCAGAGGAACAGGGGUGGCUGCGGAGUUUAGGACAGUAA